CCCCCACCCCCCACCCCCGCCCGCCCGAGUCCAUCCUUCAUGAAGUCUGCCGCCGCCUGCCGCUGCUCAAACGUGGAGGGAAGGACACGAAGUGGGACGCUCGCCGCUGACUGCGCGGGGUUAUUGUUAGUCCGGUGAAAUUUAGUGCUCUUCCGACAUAUUUAGUGCAUUUUACCUCAGUGCCGGACCGAAAGGGAGGCACUGUUUGUUUCUCCGGGAGACUUCAAAAGCAGAGUCGGUGGUUUGGAAGGACAAAGUGUGAGUGUGAGUAACUGGCCAAUCAAGACGAGUGUGAGCCCCUGGACCUUGUAAGUCAGCAGCAACUUCGGCGUCCUUCACACCUUCAGAAGGAGGGAAUGAAACCGGAUGGGGAUACCAUGGAAACCACGGAGCCCACUGACUCUGCAGCAGUAGCAGAACCCUCCUCAUCGCAGGACAACAUAACGGAGCAAGCCCCAUCGCAACCAGAGGAAGCUGCAAAUGAUGCAGCACCCGGGGCUGCUCCGAUGGCCAAUGGCAAGCCAGUGGAAGCAGCCCCCAAAGUCAAACCAAAUGCUGUUGCAACUAAAAUACAGUCCACAGCCAAAUCUGCAGGAGCUGUUGCGACCAAAAUCCAGCCCACAGCCAAAUCUGCAGGGGCUUCCGGAUCACGGCCAGGGGCGGCCUCGCACCGCACAGCGAAUUACGUCAAAUCCUCUAAAAAUGUCUCUGCAGCUACAGUCAAGAAAACCGCACCUACAGCAUCAGCAGUGGGGGCUGUACCUAAAAGACUGGUGGGUGUAGCAGCCGUUUCCUCCGCGGCCAGGAACCAAUCUAGAGUGCCUGACAAGAAGCCUGUUGGACCGGCCAGGACUGCCUCAGUUGCUGCUGCCACAGCAACAAAUGGUACCAGACCAACAACAGUGAAUGGCAUUCCUAAGAAGAGACCAGUAGCUGAGACUGUUAAUGUAGCUAGACCUAAAACCGCAGCUACUGCUGGCAGAGCAGCGGCGUCCACUGCCCCAAAACCCAGCACUUCCACCACAACUAAAGCUGGUGGUGUCACCGCUUCAAAGACCACCAGGCCUGCCACAGGUCCCUCAACAUCUCGCCCUGCAUCCACCACAUCCAGGCCCACCACAGCUUCAGUCAAGCCGUCCACCACUGCAACUGCCAAAACUGCUGCAUCUAGAGUUACCACAGCACCCUCUACUGGCAGGACCACAGCGGCACAGCCUCCCAAAACUGUUGCUACUAAGAAUGAUGUCAGUCGACCACCUUCUGCUGCAGUGGCAAAGAAACCUACAACAGCUACAACAUCUGCAGCUACCAAAAAACCUGAACCCUCUAGACCAACAGCCACCGUAAAGCUUAACUCUGCCUCCAAAUGGUCCACAACAGCCAAGGCAGCCGACCCCAAGGUGUCUCAGUCCAAAACUCAACAACCUGUAAAAUCUACUCCCACAAAGAAACCUGUAGCUGCUGUUCGGUCCCUUGCCCAAAACAAACAGCCCCUUGGUCGAACCCCACCUGCCUCUCCAGCCCACAAACCUGUAGACAGCAGCACCCCUCAGGCAAAACGUGGAACCAAACCCACUCAGGCUGUCACACCUUUCAAUUCUGCCAAGAAGACAGGUGUUUCAAAUACUACCACACCAAAGAGUGCUGCUGGUGCAGCAGCUGUCGCAGCAGCAGCAACUGUGCUAGCAGAAAUACAAACGGAGGCUACACAGUCCUUCCCACAAGGAUCAUCCCUUGCUGCCUCUGCACCAGAGGAGGUCCCUCCCCCAGUCCUGGCCCAGGAUACCACACCAGAGGUGGUACCUCAAGAGACUGCUCAAGAACAUGCAACUGCUUCCUCUCCUCCACAAAUCCCUGCCAGGACAGCCUUACCACAAACGUCUCCACCCCAGGAGCAGCUAGAGAGCAGUGCCCCCUUACUAACAGCGCAGGAGCAGACCCCUACCCCUGCUGAGCCUGCAUUACUACCAGCGGACUGUCCUCCAGAUCUAUCCGAGGAGCCCAUUUACCUGUUAACCGACCAAACCCCCUCCACAUCUAAAGCCCUCCCAGCAGCAACGAAUGACAUCCCUCUGAUAGUUUCCCCCACCAAUCAGAAUGAGGAGGAGGAGGAUGAAGAGGAGAGGGAGGGAAGCCAGCUGGUUUCUGUGUCUGAAAUGAGUGGAACCACACAGCCCACAGAGGAGUCUCGUCCCGGGUCGGCUGGACCAGUAGGAGGGUCUGCUUGGAGGGCUGGUGGCGCCUUGCUUUCUGAGUUGGACUCUGAGGAGGUAAGCGGCAGCCAGCAGGGUGCGUCUGAACUGAGUGCCCCUGGUGUCCUGGAGGGCACAGAGAGCAUGGAUGAUCUGGGAGAUGGCAGUCUCAAAGGAGCCAUUGACAUGGAAGGAGCCUCAGCAGGUUCACCUGACUUUGAAAAGGUUCCUGACAUACCAGUUAAUGACUUUGAUGAGGACGAAGAUGAGGAGGAUGACGAUGAUCGGGUGUGUGACAUGGAUGUGGGCUCAGAGCGGGCAGAUGAACCGCAGAGACCCAGGCAUGACAAUGAUGUGGAGGAGGAGGAUGAUGAGGAUGUGGAGAUGGCUAGUGAGGGGGUGACGGAGAGCGGGCUGGAAAGCUAUGGGAAUGCAGAUGAGGAUGACUUUGCUGAGGACGAAAGGCUGGACAACUUAAACAGAGUGGUCGAGCCCCCACCUCCCCCUCCUCAGCUGCCCUCCGCCCCAGCUGCUCAGUGGGACCAACCAAACCCCUUUGCUGAUCCCUGGUCAGAACCUCUUCAGCCACAGCAGGUUCUUGAGCACGUCUCCCAGCCCCCAGAGGUGGCAGGAGCGGCUGCAGCAAGCCCUUUCGCAGAUCCCUGGCAUGCAGACUCUGAGACCCCGACUCAGACCCCAGCCCAAGCUUGGCUAGAACUUGGCUCUGCACCUUUUGUUCCUGAAAACCAAAAACCUCCCCAUCAUUCCUCUAUCAUAGACGAGCCACAAGAUCUAGAUGCCAAAAUGUACAUGGAUCAGUCCAGCCAAGCCCCAGUGCAGACCCUGGGCCCAGCUCUUGUCUCUGCCCCAGCAAUGUCGCUGUCAAGCACCCUAAGCAGUGAGACCAGCACACCCGAGGAACUCUGUGACUACAAUCGAGACGGGAAGCUCCACCCUCAAGAUGUGCAAGGCCCGGUGCUUUCCCCACAGCCCGACCUGGACAGGGAAGGAGAUGAGGAAGCUGAGGCUGAGACCCUGCCUGCCGAUGAAGUCCUGGGAGGCCCUGCAACUGUCCCCACUUCCAACCCCUCCUCAACCUCUGUUACAGAAGACGAGGCCAGCGACACAGAGGGAGAGGCUCAGCUGGAGGAUUCCUUGGAGAGUCCAUUGGUCAUCCACAUGACCUUUGACAACCAGCCUCCAGCCCAGCGCUGCCUGUCCACUGUGGAAGAGGGAGAGGAGGCAGACACGGAGGGCGGUGCAGGUGAAGACACCACCCCACCUUCGGCUACAUCGUUGGCAUCUUACGGCUUUGACACCAUGACCACAGCUUCAAACUCCAACGCCCAGUCCACAGGGGAGAGCUGCAUCAAGAGCCCUGGCAUCUUCUCCCUGGAGGAGCUGCCUGAGGAGGCCAAGGAGCCCUGUCUGAUCCCGCAGCCUCACACCCAGCCAUGCCUCACAGAGCAGCAGUACAUCGAAUGUGGGAAGCAGGAAGCGGAGUCUGCUGAGCAUGUCGGGGAGGAAGUGCCGGGGCCAGAGGAAGCCCUGGACCCUUCGUCAACUCUGAGCACUUUGCAGCAACCAGAAGAAAACCCAGAUGACAUCCAGCCUCCCUACUAUUCUACUAUCUGUGAAAAGACUGAGAACUCUUUUGCAGGCUUCACUGCACUAGCGCAUCCUCACCGCCGCGAUCUCUCGGCAUACCCCAGAACCUACUGCGACCUCGUCAAACCUCACGUCGCCGCCGUCACCCCGCCGAGGCUGACCUGUGCGGACCUCCCACCCAGGAGCCUCGGCCAGCAGGCGCUGAGCCCCCAGCUCCGCCGGCUGGAGCAACACCAGAGACAGCUGCUGGAGCUGCAGCAACGCAGGGAGCAACAGAGCAGGCCACUGGAGGAGGCGGAGCAGGAGAGGAAGAGGAGGGAGGAAGAGGAGCAGAGGAAGAAGAAAGAGGAAGCUGAAGAAGAAAUAAAGAGGAAUGAAGAGGAGCUGGAAAUGAGAAUGCGAGAGCAGGCAGAGGUGACGAGAAAGGAAGAGGAGGAAAAAUUGAGGAAGGAAGAGGAGCUCCAGCAGAGGAGAGAGCUUGAACUUCAGCUACAGCAGCAACAACAGGAACUGAAGGAGAGACAGCAGAUCAUGCAGUGGCAACAAGAGCUGCAACAGUCUAAUAAAGGACAGACUGUGCUGCUGUCCCCUUCCUCUGGCCUCUGCACCAUCUAUGAAGCCCUGGAGAAUAGUGACGAAGACGAGGCUGAAGGUGGAGAAGAGAGAAUAAAGGAGCUCAACCCCAAUGAAGAGAUGGAUGACUGUGAAAGGGUGACGUCAGAUAAAGACAAAUGUCGAGACUCUUCACCGUCCACGGAGAGCCCCCCUCUUCUCCCAGACUCCCCUCUGUCAUCCAGCAACCCCUCCCAGGAUGGAGAUAGCUCCUCCCCUUGCCCUCCUGAGUCUCCAGAGCGACCUCCACCCCUGGACCUGGACUGGGGGAAGAAAGUGGACAUAGUCCAGCAGCUGAUCAAUCAGACCCUGCUGCUGAACAGAGACGGCUGCUCGUCCCUGCUGCUGCUGCCGGGGGGUGCAGGAGGCACACUGAGCCCCCUGGAGAGCAGCCUGUGGCCCAGCCUGCUGCCUCCACUCACGCCUCCGUCUGCCACCGUCACCUCUGUUAGCAGUUUCUCCCCAGAGGCCACUGGGAGCUCCCCACAGGGAGAGUGGACAGUGGUAGAGCUGGAGACUCAUCACUGAGGGGUGCGUGUGUGUGUGAUUUGACUCGCACGCUUAAGUACAACAUCUGCGGUACUGUUAAACAUGAACAACACGCGUACAGGGAAGAUGACACAAGUGCUGUCUACUUAUGCACACAAACACAUGG